ACUUCCGGCGCGGCCGCUGCGCGCCGUCCCCCGCCCGCCGCCGCCGCCGCCAAGAUGGCGGCGCCCGUGUCGCUGCAGAGGUGGUGCAGAACUCUUGUUUGAUGGUGUUAAAAAACAUCAGGUGACCUUGCCCUGUCAACCAGAGCCUUUUUAUGGCACACCUUUGUCUGCUCUGGUGAAGGAUUCGUGUGUCGGAUGGGAGAUUGGAGGAGUCUGAAGAUCCCUUCGGUCAGGUUUUGUCACGAGCUUUCCGGGAGAACGGAGAGAAGGCGUUCACCUGGAGGGGCGGCAGGGGAUAUCAGAAACCUGCUACAGUGGAUCAAACAGAAUUUGUUGAAAGAACGACCAGAAUUAUUUAUGCAAGGGGAUUCUGUGAGGCCAGGAAUUUUGGUGCUCAUCAACGAUGCAGACUGGGAACUAAUGGGUGAGCUGGAUUAUAAACUCCAGGACCAGGAUAAUGUGCUUUUCAUCUCGACAUUACACGGCGGGUGAACUCCUGGAAAAACAAGAGGACUUAAAUCCAAACCCCUGGGCAAAAAAAACAGCCCAAAACCUAAACCCACCCAAAUCGCUCUUGAACUGUCCAUGCCCGGGCUCUGCAUCUUCCCAGCGAGUUCACUUGUUACUAGACAUCCAAAUAAAACCCUGCCAACAUGCAGCCUGCUGUGCACCACAA